AUGGCAAACAAAGAAUUCAUCAUCAAACACAUGAACGCCGACCAUGGCGACUCCCUCCAAUUCUACCUGCAAGCCUACAGCGGAAUCACCGCCCGCGAAUCCAAAGGCGCCACCCUCGAAGACCUCACCCUUUCAAACCUCAUCCUCAAAGCCCACGGCACCCGCUACACCAUCCCCUUCCAACCCCCCAUGAAAGACUACACCGAAGCCCGUAGCCGCCUGGUCGCCCUACACAAAGAAAGCCUCACCAAACUCGGCCGCUCCGACGUAACCCUCACCGAAUACCGCGGCCCACGCGGCCUCCAGGCCGUUAUCUUCGGACUGGUGGUCUUCACCUAUGCUACCUGCUGGCAGCGUAGCAAUCUCCUCCCGGGCGCGUUUGUCUACGAGAAUAUGGGGUUCAAGUUUGUUCCAGACUUUGCCUAUUUCAUUUAUAGGAUUUGGCCGGUGUUUUUCCCGUCCGUGGUUGGAAUCCAUGUGGUGGAGAGUGUUGCGAUGGCUGUGUUGCGGUUGAAGCCGAUGGGUGUGCCCGUUGGUUCCGGGUUGUGGUUUGCUUGGAUGGGCUCGUGCUUUAUUGAGGGAUACGGUUCUUUUGCGCGUAUUCGGGAUAUUGUUCAGGAGGAGAGGGCGAAGAAGGGUGGGAAGAAGGAUUGA